AUGGCCGACUGCAUCGCCAGCAAGCGCCGCUGCGCGGACGUCGCCGACGGCGCUGACCGGCUUGGUGACCUGCCGGACAGCCUCCUGCAAGUCAUAAUCUCCUUGCUCGGCUUCCGGCAGGCCGUGCAGACCGGCGUGCUGUCGCGGCGGUGGAAGAAUCUGUGGCGUGGCAUGCCCGUCGUCGACAUCGACGAGCGAGAGUUCGCCGGCGACGGCCAGACUUGGGACCGUUUCGAGGACUUUGUCGACCACGCAUUGACGUCGAUCCCGCCAGGGACGCAGCUCGACGCCUUUCGCCUGCACGUGGUUAGCUGCGACACCGCCACGUCUAGCAGGUGGAUCCGACGUGGCCUCCGCCACCUCCCGGCCGCCGUCAGCAUCCACGGUACCAACGCCGGCCACAGCCUGGUCUGCUGGAACCCGCACGUAUCAUCCCCGCCCCGAAACCCCUUCAGGUUCAGGUACGCCGCCGCCGACGGACUCUGGCAGCAGCGGGGCAUGUCGGCGUGCGCCGCCGGUUUCACCCGUCGCUUGACGACCCUGCGGCUGGUCGGCGCCGGUAUCAGUCGCGGCUUCUUCGAGGAGCUCGGCCGGAACUGCCCGGCCCUCGAGGAGCUCCACGCCGAGAGGUGCCUGAUGCACAUGCUCUCCCUCGCCUCGCCCGUGCUCAGGCGCCUCGCUGUCAUCAGCCCAGUUUCAGCACGUAUGGUCACCGUCGUUCCUGGGCUCGAGGCCCCCCGCCUCACCUCCCUCCGCCUCGACAUCAUGUAUGGCGGGGAGAUCACCUACGGAUUGGAAACCGGAGUCGGGCCGGCCCCACAGUAUCACUUGCCGGCUCUUACUGAGGCGUCACUCCGGCUCACGGACACGAGCGCCAACGUCCACCUGCCCGACCACCAAGCUUGGGACUGGGAGAAUCGGAAGCUCAUCGCCAUGUUUUUGGAUUCCAUGUGUGGCUUCCUUGCCCGCCUUACGAAUAUUGUAAGCCUACAUCUACACGGCUUCAUCGCCAUGGCAUUGCUUCAGAAGGAGUCCCAAGAAUUCCCAGUGUUGAAUAACUUGAGAAAUUUGCACCUAGAAGAAUGUGAUGUUGGAUUGAGCUACCAGGUGUUGACAAGCAUCCUCAGAAACACACCUAACUUGGAAAAGCUUGCAUUGCACUGGUGCACGUUUGAAGCUCCUCCAAUCAUGAAUAGGAGGAAGGAGAUGGCAUCUUCAAAACUCCAUGGAUCAACUACACCGGCUGUUUUUUGGUGCAAGAAGCUGAAAUCGAUGGAUAUCAAAUGCAGAAAGGAAGAUGAGACACACAUGGCUAGGGUUUUAUCAGAGAUCUCUAAGGGGAUGGCGCCAGAGCAGUGGGAGCGAGUCAAGACAUCAGAUACAAUUGUAUCAGUAGAAUAA